AUGGCACCUCUGGGAGCCAAAUUGAGGUUUGUGAUCACUGCGGGCGUUGGAUUCUUCGCGGAUGGAUAUCUCAACUUGACGAUUGGACUUGUGGUACCAAUCCUGGGAUAUCUAUACUUCCAAGAUGGCAAGGUACCGACAGUCGACAGCGACAUUAUGAAAGGUGGCCUGAGCUUGGGCAUGGUAGUUGGCCAGCUUCUUUUUGGGGUUUUGAGCGAUGUUUGGGGUCGCCAUACUAUCUAUGGUAAAGAGCUUCUCCUUACUAUAUCCGGAACCUUGAUGGUAGUCUUGUUACCUUGGAACCGGAUGUCGGCCCAGUCUGUGACGGCGUGGAUUGCAGUAUUUCGUGUUGUGACCGGGGUUGGAACUGGGGCUGACUAUCCAUUAUCUUCAUCUUUAUCGGCAGAAAAGUCACCAUUUGGCUCCCGUGCUAUCCAAGUGUUGACUGUCUUCUCGAAUAUCGGCCUUGGUAAUACGGCAGCCAGCAUUGUGUUUCUGACCUUGCUCAAGGCAUUCGAGGGCUCGAUAGCCAACAAUCUGAGCCAUCUCGAAUGGAUCUGGCGCUUGCUACUGGGUAUUGGAAUUGUACCAGCAGCGUUCACUCUCUAUGCCCGGUUGACGAUCGCGGAGACACUGCCCUAUAAGCAAUAUGUCUGCGAUGACACAUCUGGGAAGAAACGCACAUUCAAGAAGCAGUGGGAAGACUUUUGCGAAUACUUUAGUCACUGGAAACAUGCCAAAGUGCUAUUCGCAACGGCAGGCUCCUGGUUCUUGUUCGAUAUCGCAUACUACGGUAUCAACCUCAACCAAAGCAUUAUACUAGCCAGAAUCGGUUAUGCAAAUGGAGCAACAACCUGGCAGACCCUGUACAACACUGCGGUGGGCAAUAUAAUCAUACAGGCGGCAGGCUACCUCCCCGGAUUCUACGUCGGCAUCUUCCUUCCUGAUUGUAUCGGUCGUGUACGCCAACAAUUCUGGACAUGUAUCGUGGUGUGCAUACUUUAUGCUAUAUGGGCUGGAAUCAGCACACAGAGCGCACACUCCCCGACAGCUGGCUUGAUGAUUAUCUUUGCCCUCUCGCAGUUUUUCCUGACCGUUGGCCCCAAUUGCACGACGUUCCUGAUUCCCGCAGAAGUGUUUCCAACGCGGGUUCGAGGAACAGCACAUGGAAUAUCUGCUGCUGCUGGAAAAUGCGGCGCAAUUAUAACUGCAUUUGCUUUCGGUACUGUCGAAGACACAAUCGGCUUGGAGGGUGUCCUUGGGCUGUUCUCGGGCAUUAUGCUUCUCACUGCUCUCGUAACCUUGCUGAUACCCGAGACCAAGAAUCAAACUCUUGAGGGCAUUGAAAAUGAUGAGCUCUAUAGACCAAGCAGUUGUAGCCAACGCCUUUGCCGUGAUAAGGCCACAAUAUCUUGA